CCAGCGCCGCGGCGGGAAAACCCGAUCCGACCGACGGUGCUGCCGUCUCCUUCUUCCACCUUCGCACUCCCGCGUGGCGCGGCUCACCGUGAUGGAGGAGGGGGAGGAAGCCGAGGAGCAACAGCGAUUCUCUUACCAGCAGAGGCUAAAGGCUGCAGUUCACUAUACAGUUGGUUGUCUUUGCAAAGAAGUUGAGUUGGACAAAGAGAUGCCGUUCAGCAAACAGACCAUCGCAGCAAUUUCUGAGCUGACUUUUCGGCAGUGCGAUAAUUUUGCCAAAGACCUUGAGAUGUUUGCAAGACACGCGAAAAGAAGCACAAUUAACACCGACGAUGUGAAGCUCUUAGCGAGGAGGAGUAAUUCACUGCUAAAAUACAUCACAGAGAAGAAUGAGGAGAUUGCUCAGUUUAAUCUAGAACGAAAAACAAAGAAGAAAAAGAAAUUGGAGGAUGGAAACAAAAACCCCAGGGAGCACGCAGACGAAGAGAUGGUAGAGUGAGAGUGAAGUGUUUUCUCUGCUCUGGAAUAAGGCGGCCUUCAGCAGGUAGAGCUGCCUCGGCCCUGAGUAGUGUCGCCAAGGGAAUCCUUUCUUCCUUUUUUUCCACGAGUAGCAAAACUAUUUGAAUGUGGCUAAGGACCGCAUAGGCAGCCUUGCCAUGAGGCAGAGGCUGCUGCUGCUGUGCUGGUGUGGGCUUGGGGACAGAUUUUAAUGGUGUUACUUGAGAUUCUUCUGAUUGGCUGCUGCUUGCCCAUGGGCCUUGCUGAUUGGUUGUUUCUCUCUCUCUGAACUUGGUAUUUUGUUCCCACCAUGCCUCCCUCUGUAAGGGGAACUUUACUCCACAUACUCCUCCCCUCCACCCCCACGCCCCCCCCCCCCCCCAACAACAUAUUCAGUUCUGACUUAAGUGGAGGUCUCAUCUUGGACUUGCUUAGAGAUGGGUAGAGUUAUAAUGAUGUCCCUGCCUGCCACAAAGUGAAUUCUGACAGGAUAAAUAGAGAUGCUUUCAAAGAAAAAAAAAAUGGUGAGGUGGCUUAUGUGCUGUAUUUUGUAAGCCAUUAACUUCAGAAGCUAGUUUAAAAGAAAGCUGGGGAUUCCAGCAAAAUAUCUCCAUGUCUUCCUCAAGCCUGUGAGAAAGGCCUGAAUGUGAACGCUAUGUCCCAUGACUUCAGUAUCCUGCAGCUGGUAAAAUGUUGUUAGCAAUUAAACAUGACUGAUUUUUUUUUUCACACAGAAAUCACGGUUAUUUCUUCACUAUAUUACAGCUUCUAGUUUAGUGCAGCCUAGGUGAAUAAAGCUGUAUUUAUUUAGCUCUCUGA